GGCGAGGAGUGGGGCUACGCGCGGAGAGGCCUGACCUGGCAGGACUACCUUGGGUCGGCUGUGCCGGCCUAGCUUUGCUGUUGAGGUCGGGUCUCUUCCACUGGGCCCAGGAAGAUGGUGCUGGGUGGUUGCCCGGUGAGUUACUUACUUCUGUGCGGCCAGGCGGCUUUGCUGCUGGGGAAUCUACUUCUGCUUCACUGUGUCUCUCGGAGCCACUCACACAACGCUACCGCCGAGCCCGAGCUCACAUCCGCUGGCGCCGCCCACCCAGAGGGCUCCGCCGGCGCUCCGAGCUGGGAAUAUGGCGACCCCCAGUCUCCAGUCAUCCUUUGCUCUUACCUACCUGAUGAAUUUAUAGAAUGUGACGACCCAGUGGAUCAUGUUGGAAAUGCAACUGCAUCCCAGGAACUCGGUUAUGGUUGUCUCAAGUUUGGUGGUCAGGCCUACAGUGACGUGGAACACACUUCAGUCCAGUGCCGGGCCCUAGAUGGGAUCGAAUGUGCCAGUCCUAGGACUUUCCUACGAGAGAAUAAACCUUGUAUAAAAUAUACUGGACACUACUUCAUAACCACUUUACUGUACUCUUUCUUCCUGGGAUGUUUUGGAGUGGAUCGUUUCUGUCUGGGACACACUGGCACAGCAGUAGGGAAGCUGUUGACACUUGGGGGACUUGGGAUUUGGUGGUUUGUUGACCUUAUUUUGCUUAUUACUGGAGGGCUAAUGCCAAGUGAUGGCAGCAAUUGGUGCACUGUUUACUAAAAAGAGCAACUGUCAUGGCCCAGAGAGGCACGUCUUCUGAAUUCAUCUCUACAGGCUCAAAACUCUUCCUUGAUGCCAGACCUGACCAUUACUUUCCCUCUUUGGAGGGAAUGGGUUUGGUUAGGAAGGUUUCUCUGGACUCCGGGUUUUCAACCCAAAUUUUACCUUGCAGACUAGAAAUGACAAACCAACAGUGUUUGGGAAUCAAGUGUGUACCUUUCCUCAUGUACAAAAUAUAAAGGAUAGUGACUAACUUAUAAGCUGCAGAGGGGUUUGCGUGCUCUUUAUUUCUGUACAUUGCUGUAUCUUUAAUACUUUGGAGCAAGUGGACCCAACAAGAUGAGCAAGUGAACCUUGUGCCUUUUGUGACCCUAAAUCUUCAUGCAGAAGAGAUCUGAAGCUGAACCAGUGAAAAUCUUCAGCAGAAGUAAAAUGGCCAUGGAUUUUAAUACACACUGAAAUUCUGACUUUCUGAUUUUAAAUUGCAGAAUAAAUUUUGCCAACCUGGAA